AUGGGGAGCCGACCACCCGCAUCGUCGAGGUGGCCGUUCGUAGCGAUCCUGCUCCUCCACGCCGUCGCCAUCCUUCUCUUCACCCGGGGCUUCCUCCUCACCCGGACAGAGCUCCCCUUCUACAGCACCUGCUCCGACAUCUCCCUCUCCCCCUGCUCCCCCUCCUCGACGAGGUCGUCCCCGCCUUCUUCUAAUGGGACGUCAGCGGCAGAUAUGGGCGGCGGAGGCGGCAAGUGUUGGACCAAACCCGCCGUCGGCCGUCUCGUCAUGAUUGUCCUAGACGCCCUCAGGUGAAACACCCACGUUUGUUUGGCUCACUCUGAAUCCCGCAUUGUUUUCAGGUGUUGAAAGGUGGAUUGUGUUUGCUAAUUUUCGCGAGGUUAAUCCGUAAACUCUAUGGCGGAGCAACGGUCAAGUUUAGAGGCCAUUUUUUGAAACUGUUCCAGCUACUGGGCGUGAUGUGCUUCAUUAGGGAUGAAAUGUCCGCUACUGGGCAGAAUUUUAUCCGAUGAUCUGUUCAUGAGGGGACCUCGGGGGCCAUCAGAGUUGGUGCGGAGGGGGGAGGGAGGAGUGUGCGCGCGAUAAAGACCGAAACUGGCGCCCAGGAAUUGCGUAGAAUCAAGUUCGGAAAGCGUACCAAAUAGGAUGCUUCAAGUUAAUAUGGAAUAUUCCAGUUCAUAAUCGCUUACUAGGCACGCUGGUAAAACGGACCGAUGGCGGUUUUAUUACCAGGGUAGUGUCGGCCUUUACGAUCACAUCCUUCUAUAUUUCUCAUGGUUCAGGAUGGUCCCAUUUAGUAAAUUGAUCUAAUAUGCUGGAGGGACUUGUAUCACGAUCCAAUGCUCAAGAAAGCUCUGACAAAGUUGUCGUAGCAUAACUGUAAUUUAUGAGAAAAAUCUGUGAAAACUUAGUAUGAAGGGAUGUUGGCUUGUAAACAUCAGACAUCAAUUGAUUCAGUAAGAGAUUGAAGAGGCUAAUCCUUGAUUCCCUGAUGAUAUGAAUUCCACCAGAAUGUUGGUCGCUGGAAUGUAUGUGGAUGAUGGAAAAAUCCAAAGAAAAUCAACAGUUUAACGUCAAUUAAAAAUUUAACAUUUUAUUAUAAAGCUUUCUGACCAUGAGUUUAUUUUCUCCAAUUUCUUAUACCAUUAAUGUCUCCUAGUUGUCUUAAACUAUGGUGGAAAAAGAAUUUUUAACCGAGAGAAAAUCAGUUGAAAUCUUAAUCAAGUGAGUAAAUGCAACAUUAUCAACUUUUUUGGAGAAACAUUUUUUUAGCAUUUUAUGCUAUGCAAAAAGUUCAAAAGGAAGGCCUCUAUUUUGUAUCUUUUGGAUUUGUGGCAUGGAUUAUUUGUGCCUUUCUUCUAGAUGCCGAGUUUCACUUGAAGGAGUCACAGUUGGAUAUGCUAAUAUCCAGACUGUUCCAUUUAAUGCUUUAUAAAUGUCUCAGGCAAUGGGCACUGGAGAAAACUUUGUUAGUUUUAGCUUGCCUGUAUUGUUAAACAGCUGUUCAAAAAGAGAAAAAUGUAACAAAAAAUUAGGAAUGGUAUGGAAUCAUGUAGAUAUGCCUAUCCUUGGUCUAAAAAUCUUUAUGGCGGAUUCUUAGAGCCUGUAUAUUCGCAAUUAGUCCUCAAAUGGAGAAGAGAUGGUUAGGUGUAGAAUUAUAUGGGUUAUGGAGGAAGCAAUGGUAAUUAAAUUUCAAAAAAUUUCCAUCUAAUUUCAAUAUCAAACUAUGUGUGCUUUGCUUACUCAAGUACUAAUUUUUCUACCCUGCCCUGCAGAUUUGACUUUGUUGCGCCCAGCAUAUUCUUUGAUGGUUAGUGAUUUUUUUUAUAUUAUAAUUUUAGUUAGAUGUUGUGGUUUCUAUUUGUUGUUCACAGGUCCUUUAGUUAUCUGUUGCAUGCCAUGUCAUGAAAGAUGCAUAGUGUAGUCUUUAAGUUAAGUUGAUUUUAUGGAUGGCUUAUAUAAUUAUUAGUCACAUGGCCUACUCAUCUUCUUCUAGAGGUGAAACCUUGGAUGGACAAAUUGAAGGUGUUGCAGAAGCUGGCUUCAGAUGAGGGAUCAUCUGCUAGGAUAUUUAAAGCCAUUGCCGAUCCACCAACAACUAGUUUACAACGUCUGAAAGUGAUUUUUUGCCAUUUCAAAACUUUUACCUUCAUGUACACAUACUAUUCCAUGAAAUGAAUACUAAAAAUAGUUACUCUAACGAAAUGAUUCUUUGGAGUAAAAUAUUUAGGGUUUGACAACGGGAGGGCUUCCUACAUUUAUUGAUGUUGGGAAUAGCUUUGGAGCUCCAGCAAUCAAUGAAGACAAUUUAUUGUAUCAGGUUUUUUUUCUUCUUCUUUUUGCCAUCUUGUCAAUUUUCUUGACUAUUAUGAUUGUGGUUGUCUUGUUAAUUGAUUUUUCACGGUAUCAACAGUUGGCCAAAAAUGGAAAGAGAGUUUUAAUGGUUGGCGAUGAUACCUGGUUGCAACUUUUCCCUUACCACUUUUUUGAAGCUCAUCCUUAUCCAUCAUUUAAUGUUAAAGAUCUUCAUACGGUACCAUAAGUCUCCAUUACUUCUUCUUGAAGCUCAUCUUUCACUUUCCUUGGAUGCCAUUGUUACAAGAAGCUUCCUCUGUUUUCAAAUGAGGAUAUCACAGUUGGUAUGUUUUCCUGCAUUUAGGUGGAUAAUGGUUGUAUGGAGCAUCUACUGCCAUCGCUGCUUAGGGAGGACUGGGAUGUUCUCAUUGCUCAUUUCCUUGGUGUGGUACGUUGGACCUCUUGCUUCCAGAAGGAACAAAAUAAAAAAUUAGACUCUUUUUUUUUUUUUCCUGGCCUGGGCCAGAAGAUUGAGUGUCAUGUACAUUAAGAUUAAUAUAUUCAUUGACUUCUGCGUUAUAAUUUGAAUUUCUUAGACGGUUUCUAGUGCCAUCCUCCUCAUUUUUGAUCUUACUACUGGGGACAAUCCCUAGGAUAAAUUGCAUCAGAAUAGUUUCUUGAUUUACCAUGAAACUGUUUUAUUUGUUGAUAAAGCUUCUUUUAUUUGUCAAACUGGUAUAAAUAUUCCUUAUUUGUAAUUGUUUUGGGAUUUUUUUGAUAUCUUAUCAAUAUCUAUUCUCUUCUGGUUUUGAAAAUUUCAUUAGUACUCAUUUUUACCCUGGCAAUUUAAUUCUUUCCAUAUCAUUUUUAUUUUUGAUUCUUUCUUGUUUUAGGUAUGAAUUCAUCGUUACACAUUUCCAGAGGUGUUUCAUAGAUUAUUGGCACUGAAAAGUCCUGGAUUGGUAUCAUUUUCUUUUGUGUUAAGUUUUUAAUUAUCAUGCAUGAAAAAGGCAGUAUAACGGCUAUUGCUACAUUUGAUGGCAGGAAAUUCAUGAUUUGAAAUUUCAGUCUCCUUACUCUUGGUUUUGAGUUCACGUUGCUAGAGAAAUUACAUGAUCAAAGCUAAGAAUAGAAGCGAGAGAAUGAUCCAUGGAAGAUAGAGAGGGAACCGAUAACUGAAUGUCCAUUUAUCCUUUGAGAGUUAAGUGAAUGAUAUUGGGAAUUUAAUAUAAUGCAGAUGUUAUCUUUUGGUGAUGUGGUGAAUCGGGUGGACGAUGAUGAUCUUUGUAACCAUAUUGAACUCAUUGAAAAAUUGUUUUGAAUUGAAGCAUUUGCUGAUUACAAUGAAACAGAAAUGUAAAACUUAUAAAAGCAUUAAUUGACCUAGCAGUUGCUGAUUACCGUGAACAAUCUAUAGCAGCCUGUGACAACCUUAGUUGACCUAGCAGUACUGAUUCUUACCCAUGAAAGUCCUAGUAAUAGAUUUCGUAGAAACCUAGUAAGAAACUGUUAUCGUGAAUGAAAAUAGAGGGCAGAGAAGACAAAUUUAUUGGUAAACUAGGUGAGAAACCUAUUUAUAGAUGAUGAGGACCUUGGAAUGAAAACUACUAGGUAAACUCACAAAGUUACCCGUAUUGCUGAUUGUAGUAUAACUCAGUUGGUGUGUCAAUAAAGUGGUGAAUGAAGAGAUAUGGACUACUCUUCAGAAUAUCCGAAUGAUGGUGGUGGUAGCAUAUUAACUCGUGGUAGGGGACAUCCUCUGAGCUGGAUUUUUUGCAUUCUAUUCUUUAAUGUCUUACUGUUUAGAAAUUAAUAUAUAUAUAUACUAAAGUGUCUGAAAAAAUUCUACCUAUCAGUUAUUUUGUCUUAACCUUUUAAUGUUUGUGCGAGCUUAAUGCAACUUUGAGUUUCUGCAUUUGGUUCAGGAUCAUGCAGGACAUAUUUUUGGUGUUGAUUCUUCUCCAAUGAUUGAAAAACUGGAGCAAUACAAUACUAUUUUAGAGGUAUUGCCGACAUAAAUUUUUGGUUGAUCUUGCUUGUUUGUUAUUUGUUUCUGUUUCUACUGGGAAGGUCGUGGUGGCAGUAGUCAGAUAAAGUGUUUCUUUCCCCUGUUGUUUUGUCAUGCGGUUUACAGAGGGUUAAGCUAGUUGUUUCGAACUAUAUUGCCGUAUGCUUACUUUUCACUUCAUCUAUUACAUUCGUCACGUGCAGUUCAAUUUUUCAGAAUGUCAUUGAAACCCUGAAGAAUCACUCUGGGCCUGGUGGUCUUCAUGAGAACACUUUUUUCGUGGUGAUGGGGGACCAUGGCCAAACAGUCAAUGGUGAUCAUGGUGGUGGAACUGCUGAAGAGGUCUGUGCUUCAUAGUAGGCCAUUCUUUAUGUUCACACGAUCCUGAUUUUAGCUUUCUCUUGCAGGUAGAAACAUCACUUUUUGCAAUGAGUUUAAGGAGUUCCCCUUCAUUUUCAUCUAUUCCUGAUGGCCUUACCUGCAAACAAGACCUGGUACGUUUUCUUCCCGCAAUACUUAAUCCUGUGUUGUUUGAGAAGGCUUCCUUUCCGUAUUCAAGUUAGCUCCGUGACCAAAUACUCAAUUGUCUGAUAUCCUCUUUCUCAGUAUUAUAUAAUCCUCUCCGUGCAUGUGUCUUAUGCUUAGAUUCUGUUGUCUUCAUCCAUGGGUAGGCAGAAGGUUUGAACGUGUGGAUGAGUUUAACACAAAACAAAGCAUCAUACAUGACGAUAAAAUAAAGUAGUUCACAUUGCAGCCAUUUUAAAUCUUACUGCAACAUGAGUUUCUGAAUGAUAUAGCUCUUACCUAUGUUCCAUGGAGGGAUUUCAACCAUUUUAACAUGUCAAUGUUGCUUUAGACAAAUGAGUCCACCAUAUUUUAUACGAUUUCUGAGUGCAAUAUACUUGUUAUAAGAAGUCUAAUGUUCUACUAUAAUCUUGGAGAUUUGUAACGACAAGUUAUUUCUUUUAAUGGCCCUUGACACUCUUAGUACAUUCUCAGAAGUAUUUGGUUGAUAGGUGGAUUCCAUUAUCACUAGAUGGAAAGAAUCUGGGUGGACUCCAUUAUCACAAAUGUAUUUGGUUGACUAAACUGAUCUCUUAGCUGCUCUGCUCUUAUAGGCUUCUCCUCCCUUGUUUCUUAUUCCACUGAAAGCCAGUUUGCCCAUUUUGUGACUAGAGGUACAAUUGGGUCAGUACCCAGUUGAAGAGCUUGAUAAGAUGAUACCUGACUUAUGACACUGUUUUCCCGCGGGACGAAAUCGUAGGACUUUGAGCUGAGACUUCUAGAAAUUUUCUGAAUAUUGUCAUUUUCUCGAAUAAAUUCUGCCGGCUGUUAUACAUUUUCUUUUCCAACACAUCCUGAGUUUGUAAGGCCAAGCUGAAAUCAUAGAGGGAACGGAUGCCAGAAGGACCCCCUUCCCUCGUAGAAAGAUCUUUUGCUAGUGUGUCGGAAGAGAGUUAGUCGUUGAUAUCCUAUCAAAAUAUGGGUUCUUCACACGAAACAAAGGCACUAACCUGGUUCUUUACUUUUACUAAUGGGGCUGCUUCUCGCUAAGGGAAAGAAGUCUGAUAGCUGCGGAUCUUAUCUCUGAGCAUUUUGUUCCUGGAUACCUCUGAGAGUGGUCAUGAGCAUAUUUCAAUAAGAGACCAGAGUAUUUGAAUCAGAUCAGAGAAACGAACUGUAGAGGAAGUCUAUUGUGACUAAAUUAGUGCAGUUAAUCCUUGAUUUUUUUUCUUAUUUUGAAUCCUUAUUUUGUCGACAAAUAUACAAUUAUUGGCAAAAUAUCAUAGGUGUAUAGUUAGCAUCUUCUUGUUUAAAUGCCCAGCGUGUGAAGGAGACCUUUGGUUCUCUGACAUUCUUUAAACAUCAAAAUGACAGCAUUGGCUCCCAACUGCCCUUAUUUUCUCAAAUCAUCCACUCAAAAAUAUUUUUAAUGGUAUUUUUUAUUUUGCUUCCAAAUUGGACUGCUAUAUCUGCUAUUUUGAGCUGAAAUUCGCUGAAAAGCAGUAGUAAACUCUGAAUUUAUUAGCAGCUUGUUUUCUUCCACUCAAUAUGUUACCUUUGUGUAUUUUUUUUUUCAUGCUUCAUAGUUUGUCAUAGGAACAAAGCCUACGAUUUCGUACCGCGGGUCAUUGUCGAUUCAAAGCCAGGUCUAUACAUUUGACAAUGGUUUCUUCUCCAUUUCCAUGAAGAUUUGCAUUAAGCCUUAAUAUUAUCAUUAACUACACACUCCAUUGAUCGUCAUCAACUUUGAUUGAGAUUGAAAAUCAUAAUUCUUUUUUGUGUAAGGAGUGUGACAACCAGUAUGAAAUUUGUUCCUUUAGCAUUAUAUGAUGAAGUGCUUCUAAGUAUUCUGUUUCAGAUCACUUUUAACCUUAUGAAGAGACCAUUACUGUUACAACUUUUUCUAGUUUUGACUGAUCUUUGUGAAAUUCUUAAUUGUCAGGACGGGAAACAAAAGUGUGUCAGUUCCAUGCAACAGGUUUGGCGAUCUUGAUUUCUAUAGUGAACGCCAGUUAUCUUCUUUCACCUUAUUUUGGCUUGCGUUCUCUGUGCAGCUUGAUUAUGCAGUAACCAUUGCAGCACUCCUUGGUGUUCCUUUUCCAUUUGGAAGGUGUAGUUAGAUCUUCUUAAAUAUUUUUUUUUCUUUUAACAUGAUGGUCUUAUAAGUUUUCUUGUAGAUUUCAGCAUUUAGUUAUGCGUUUCUGGGUAGUAUUACUCUUGUACAUCAGUAGGCUUAGUUGUAUCAGGCAAUGACAAUUAAUUGUGGAAUCUCACAUUACAAUGGACUAUCCUUGUUCCGAGGACGUUCAGGCUCUUAUUUCCACUGACCUUUGAUUUCUUUGGUACAUUUUGACCCUCCCUAUUUCUCGCUUCUGUUUUCAUUAUUUUUACUAACAGUUGAUAUCCUAACUUUAAGACCUUGAAAUCCGACUUGACCGAUCCAACUCGGAUGACUUGAGUGAGUCUGACCGAUUUAAAUUCCAUUAUCCUUUAUUUUUAGAUAACUUCAAGGUCAUUGGGCUGUUGUGAGUUUCAUGGAGAACAAGAGAGGAAGAUCAGGGAAAAAGGAAGAAAGGGGUUUGCCGUUGCUAUUGAAUAAAAAAAGAAAGGAGAAUAACGCACAAUUAUUUGACUAAUAUAAACUAGAUGACGCCCAUUUGGAGAGGCAAUUAAAAAGGAGAAGAAAAAGGAAUUAGUAACAAUGUUGGCAGAAGCUAGGUGUGACCCAGUUCCUCUUCCAUUGUUCUUUAUCUUCAUCUCAUUUCUUUUCUUCCUCCACGGUGGAUGACACCCACCUACUGCUCAUUAUUGGUGUCACCCACCGUGGAGGAAGAAAAGAAAUGAGAUGAAGAUAAAGAACAAUGGAGGAGGAACUGGGUCAUACCUAGUUUUUUCCAUCAUUGUUGCUAAUUCUUUUUUCUUCUCCUUUUUAAUUGCCACUCCACCUGCCUCUUCGCUUUUAUCCCUUUUCUGUGAAACUUUAGGUUUUUGAUGAUUGCAAAUUGGACAGAAAUAUUUAAUUUUUAAAAAAUCCUUUUAACUUCACAAUUGAAACUUUGAAAUACACCCUUAAAAUUCAUAAAUAUAUCCUUAUUUUUAGUUUUUCUUUCCGAAUGAACUUGACUUAUAUACAGUGGCUCGCGAAAUAUGAAAUUGCAGUUAUACGUUGCAGCUUGAUUCAGUUUUUUAUUCCAAUUUUCCUUUGCUUUAGCAUGUACUCAAUUACUUGACCGCAAACUUUGAUCUUGGGCUGUCUAACAUUAAACAUUUUAAAAACUGUUAAGAAGAACAUAAAUCUGUGUGAAGAAAAACAGAAAGUAGAAAGAAAUAGGUAGGUCCAUAAAAUGCAAUGAUAUGAAUUGUAAUAUAUAUAUGAGGAAAACCUGUGUAUGUAGGGAAACUCUUAGAGUCAUUGGUCUAUCCGGUCCAACAUCAAUUCAAUUGUGUGGGGAAAUCUUCCUGAUCACAAGUUUUCUGUUGUAAUAAUAUAUACGAAAUUAUUCUAACACGUCCUCUCACAUGCGAGUUGUCCUUAGGUUUUGUUGCGUAUAUCGCAUAAAUAGGGGAGUAUGCAGGCAGAGAAAAACUACUGGAUUUGAUAUCGUUGUUACUAAACUCAACAUUAAUUGAUGGUGACGGGUGGGCUAAUGUUCAUAAUCAAAGGUUUCCUUUUCUAGCAAGAAAUAAGGGUCUGUUCUAACGCAUUCUCUUAUAUUUAUGCUUACUUUUGGACGUUGAGAUAUGAACAACAUAAUUAGGGUUGGUGCUACCCAAGAGCAAUCAUUUGUCUCUUAGAUCAUGUUAGAAUUGUUAGUUCAUGCACCCACAAAACUCAUUGGUAACAAAUCAUCUUCAUAAUCUUAUGUUUAGGUUGGAAUAACCAAUGUGGGGUUAUACUAGCAACAACAUAUUCAAAAAUGACGAACGAGACAGAAGAAAGAUGCAGUAUAAGUUUCCCUGAUCAAAUAUCAAAUAUCAUUUCUGAGUCAACUCGGCUGUUUCUAUUCUUUAAUGUUUUUCAUUCCUGGCUGGGCUUCAUCAUAUGUCAAAUAAAAUGAUUGAAUCAGCUUCUAUUUCCUUUUUCCUCCUGUAAUUCACUUUGAAGAAAAGUAUAGAAGCACUCGAUAAAAUUUUUAAGGCCACUAGGUGUCACAAAGAUCAAAUCAAGUUCAUCUUAAACUCAAUCAGUUUCAAUCCCACCCAACUCUUUGCAAAUAUAUACUUUUAUAUGAGGUAUCAUUGUCUACAAUCAUUUCUUGAUUUUUUUCUUAUAGUAUUAGGUGCAGUUUCUGCAAUUGUUCAUAAGAAAAGUUUGUUGAUUUUUUGAAUUUCCUUAUUGAGCGGAAAAAUAUGUUUGUACAGUUCUUCAGUACACGUCUUAGGACUAUUUGCUUACAUAUGUUUUCAUUUCUUCAGCAUUGGACGUGUAAAUCAUGAAUUGUAUGCUUUGAGUGCUGGUACAUGGGACAGAAAAGAUACUGAUUGCAACUCUUUCUCAGAUUUGGAGGCAUGGAUGAAAAACUUUAUUGAUACUCUCUGUGUAAAUUGCUGGCAGGUAUUUUACGCUACUGAUGAUGUAACUGUUAUUGCCUUGCACUUUGAAAAAAUAAAUAAAUAGAUAAAUAUAUAUUAUUUAGUUAUAAAUUUCCCAAAAAAUUACUGCAUAAGUUUUUUCCUCUAUAUGCAAAUGAAUAUGCUAAUUUGUGUUAUUUCCUCAAAUUUCUCAUGGUGUGGGCUAACUUCACUAGUACUUUGACCACAUGAAAUGCGUACCUUACGACCUGAAACCGCACCCAUCCUUUCAGCAUAUCUUACGACCACUAUUUAAAGAACUGAGAUGCAAUAAAAAAUAGGAUUCUCAAACAGCAUAAUCUCUUUAUGUGUGACCAGGCCGUGCAUCCUUAAUAACUAUCUUAAUCCUUACCAGGGGAGAACCAUUAUGGUAGUAUAAAAGGAAGGCAAAUGAACAAGUGCUCACCAUAGCUCAUGAUCCUUUUUUAUUGCAGAUAAUGUACAUAGUAAAACUGUUACAAACUUUGUGGUCUCUUUUAGAAAGGUAUUCUGCGUUUUUCAGCUUCUAACAUGCCGCUUUUUGGAAUGCAUUCAGUCAAUAAUGGUAGCCAAAAUUGAAAGAUGUGAGGCGAUUCGCAUCUAGAAAAAUCAAUCCCCAAGCUGAUUUUGAACGAAGUGAGUCCAAGUGAUCCAAGGAUUAUGCCAAUGGUUAAAUCACUUGUUAUGACUAAACAUAACUGGGAUUUAUGCAAUUAUUUUUCACUAGUAAACGUAUUGGAAGUUUUAUUCUCAAUACUGAUGCAGGUUGGCUUCCUAUGAAAGCAUAUCUUGAACUUUCUACUCUUUGCGUCUUAACUCUGUUCCUCUUCUGUCAUAGUCGACAGCCUCUUACUCAGCACUCGCACUAUGGCGCCAGGAUCUCUGGUUUUUCCUGUUAUCCAGUUUUGAACAAGUUUCUUCAUUUUCAGGUGAAACGAUAUAUUGAUCUUUAUUCUUCGACCUCAGUUAUUGGAUUUUCUUCUGAAGACUUGCAGCAUAUAGAGGAGACCUAUGUUCAAGCGCAGACUUACUGGGCUAAUUACAUGAAGGCCAUAUCUAAACAUGACGUUAACUCUGACAAUAGCCAUGUAACACCAUCAAUUUUCCAUGAGCAAAUCCAUGCAUACUCAGUUUUCUUAAAAAAGGUUGCUGAGCUUGCACGUACAAAAUGGACUGAAUUCGAUUUGAAAAUGAUGGGGGUUGGUUUUGGUGUCCUAUUUCUUUCAUUGUUAUUUCAACUUUUUUCUAUAUGGAGAGUUGAUCAGUUAUGCCAAGCAUCCUGCCAAUCCAGUGCAAACUCUGGGAUUUCCUUCAGACUCAUAAUUGCCACAUUUUUGGUGACGAUUCGAGCGGCUAGUUUUCUUUCAAAUAGUUACAUUUGUAAGUUCUCAAUUUUUUUCAUAAAAAUUCAUGACACAGAUUGUGUAUGUUUCCUAAUACUCACCACUUCUGCUUGAAAUGCUCAUUUUUUUUUUUUUACUUGAUUAUUGUGAUACCAGUGACAGAAGGAAAAGUGGCAAACUUUCUUUUGGCAACAACUGUAGUGAUUGAUUUUCAUCAUUCAUUAGUCGCCGGAGGAACGAAAUUGGAAGUGGGUAUUGGUUCUCAACUCAUGAUUAUUAGCUUUCUUCCAAUCAGUGUUGAUACUUAAUGUAGAUGUUCUGAGUUCUCUAAAUAUUUUUUGUCCAUUUGUAUUGUGAUGCUCACUAUAUUUUGGGUGCAUUUUAUUUUGUAGGAAGCUAUAUUUGUACUGCUGACUGUUAUUCUUAGAUUCAAUAUUGAUCUUGGAUCGUCAAAAGAAGCAAUCGGUUCAACCUCUUCAAACGCGUUUUCAUUGAGGCUUUUUAGUGUUAAUGAUAUCAGUUCUGUUUUGAAGGUUAUCUCUGAGGUUUUACCAUUUGCGUCCUUGGCGAUUUUAGCGUUCCUGGUAUAUUAUAUGAUCACUGGUGUUGUGUCUGUUGGGAGAAGUGUAAAGUUUUUUCUCAUUGGAACUUUUGUUAGCUAUCUACUCAUAGCUCUUCAUUGGAUCUGUGAGAGCAAUGUGAAUGCGAUUCAAAUGACGCUUCAGAACAUUGGCAUGUAUCUUAUCCCACGUCUAAUAUAUAUUAUAAACUUUGGGAUGUUAUUACUUUUGGUUCCUGUUCAAAUGUUCAAAUGGAAGAAGAGGGCAGAUAGCAAUGAAAUAAUCAUCACUGGGUCAAUCUCUAUGUUAUGUGUACUCAGCCCGACCAUUUUAUUACUAUCAGGAAGGCAGGGUCCUAUAGCUGCUCUAGUUUUUGUCACUGGAGGUAUCUUCUCAUCGUAGUAUUCAAAUUCCUGUAUCUUAUAAGUUGACGUACGUGUCAUUGGAUUUUUCUCAUCUACUUGGGCUUGGUGCAUUAUUUAUUUCAUACGUUUUUUCAAUUUUGCAACCUGGAAUGAAUAAUUUUUUUUUAAAAGUUGUUAUAUUGGUCUUGAGUACUCCCGUUCUUUUCGCAGCCUGUUGUAUUAUUCGGUCUCAGAAGAUGUCACAUAAAAACACCUCAGAUGGGACCCCUGGGAGAAUACUUGGAAAUCCCAUUCCUGUCACAAAAUGGUGCCUUCUAGCUGUUUGCCUAUUUUUCUACACUGGUCACUGGUAAGAAGCAUGCUCUUUCCAUUAUAUGUAGUUAGUAUUUCGAGGAUCUGGGCGAUCUCUGAAAGGCCACUUUUCAUACAUAUGACUGAAUAAAUGCAAUUUUUUUGAUAGUUUCCUGUAUAAGGAAACUUAAAGCAAAACGAAGGAAGUGGAUUUUCAUUUUUUUGUUGAUGAUGUGUCCAAAAACACCUAGGAUCGACCUGGUGCUAUGCCACACGUUCAAUGAUCCUUUUGGAGGAUAAGAGAUUGUUUCUUUAUUAGUCAUUAUUGGACUAUAUGUAUGUUGGGCUAUAUAUGUUAAUGGGUCAUCAGCCUAAUCCCAUACUACUAAUCAUUUCUUGUAACUGUUUCUUUCUCACGUUGUAACUGGCCUUAUAUUUAAGGCCUUCCCUGACUCAAAUGGAUCUAUUCAAGGUUCUACUUCUUUAAUCCCUCGUUCAACAGUCAUAAACGGGCUAAAUUCUCUUUCUUCCAUAUCAUUCUUGUUAAAUUCAGUACAUCCAGAUGCCCACUACAUACAUCUCAUAUAAAUGAAAUUUUCAGGUGUGCCUUUGAUGGACUCCGCUAUGGUGCAGCAUUUGUUGGGUAAGUGAAAACGAGGUUCAAGUUUCUCAUUAUUCCCGCAGAGAUCGUACAUCAGAAUUUGUCAAAGAUCUAUUGUUGUUUUGUUUCUAUUUUUUUUGGGUUUAAAUCCAUGUCACAGCUAUGCUUUCUGGGAGGCAAGUAUUCUCAGAGGAGCUAUGCUCUUGUGAACAUACUAGGCUAACAGAAUUGAGAAUUCCAUGUUACUAUUCAUUUUGUGAUGAAAUGUUUUUGUUUUCAGGUUUGAUCAUUUUGACCUGAUUCGCCAAGGAGUCCUUCUUGCAAUAGAUACAUUUGGUUUUUCGCACAUCCUCCCUAUUUUUGGUCUUCCACUUCUUGUCCUCUUCUAUCAGUACCCUGGAAGCAGUCGGGAGAAGCAUACAUUUUCCUCGAAUUUGAUUCAGGUAAUCUCUGAUGUCAUCCUCUUGCUUGUGAUUUUUCUGGUAUACUGCUUGUGUCCUCUGAAAGUACUCAUUAAGCAAAAGCAUACAGUCAGAAGAUGGAAAGCAGAGGACCCAAAUUCUGCAAUCUUCUGGAUUUAGUUUGUAGCGUAGUUCCAGCAGCCAGAAGAAGCAGUUUUUACUGGAGGAAGUAAAAAUAACCUGGUAGCAUGCACAAUGGUAGGCUGUUUCGAUGUGUCAGAUCAUCUAUUUCCCUUGGUAGAAAAUGGUUCAGGUUGUGUAAUCUGAUUGAUUUCUAAACUGAUAUAUUGGCACUUGUUUUGAUAAGAUUUCGUGGCUUGUCUCUCUAGCUCCUCAGAAUGGGCUGGGCUGGGUUAUUCAUCCCCAUGUCAUGGUUCCUUGAUCCUUAAAUGCCUGAAGUAUUUUCCUUCCACAGUCUUCAAUUCCCUCCUAUUUUCAUGCCCGGAUGUUUUCUGCUAAUUUCAGGUCCAGAUCGUUGCUAAUUUGAACAAUGAUCAUCUCCAUGUUAUUCAAUUUCACAGCUUUCUGAGGGCUGCAUUCUGCAUAGUAUCAUUUAGUUCAAAGGAUGGAGGAGAUCUUUGCGUGAUCACCCCCCUGAAUCGUUUUCUUUCUUUUGAGGGGUGAAAACAUCAUUUACUGAUUUAUUUUUGUUAAUUUUAUAUUUUCAGGUAUUCUUAAUAUACGGAUUAAUUAACGCGGUGACUGCUACAUUAACAGUAGUAUGUGUUGCAAUUCAGAGGCGGCAUUUGAUGGUAUUUACCGACCUACACUGGUACUGAUUUGUGAGUUUCACUUUUCUUGGUUUUUUGCGUCUCUGCCUGCUAUCGGCCAUCUCAGCAAUAAUAAUCUGGAGCCUUUGAGAUUUGCGCUUGUAUGCCGGGUAACAUGGAACCUUCGAGAAGCUCAAAAAUUGCCGCAUAUCCUUCUCUGUUUCUGGCUUUUAGGAGUUCACCUGUGCAUCAUGCUUUGUUUCUACGUUUUAAUGUAGAAAAUUCAGUCCAAUCCAAUCCUAAACCCUAAACCCUAGAUUCUACUAUUGUUCGGAGCCCCAUAAUUUGAUAGAGGCACAGGCGCUGUGAUGAUUCCUUUUUGCUUUAUUUAAAUGAUCACAUGGAACCACCGGCUGCCACACGGAGGUUCAUUGUCAGUCGUUCGUAAUGAUUAUGACAUAUAUUUAUGUGAUAAAGUUGGUCUCAACCCUUUUGAUGUGAUGCGUUCAUCUCUGUGUCUGCUAGGUUUGGGGAUUGUUUGCACCCAAGUACGUGUUUGAUGUGCUGGGCCUCCUCCUCGCCGAUACUCUGAUUUUAGCAGCGUCUCUGUAUUAUAUUUGA